CAGUUCCAGGGAGAGUGGAGCAGGGAGAUAGAAAAAGAGAGAGUGGGGAAGAGAAGAAAGCAAGAAGAGGGGAGAGGAGAGAGGAGGAGAGGCAGAGACAGUUUUGGAUCAAAAGAGGAAGACCAAGAAGUAGAGAGGCUACAAAAUGGCAUUGUUUCAGUGGCUCGGGUCCCAGCUGUCAUUCUGCUGGAGCAACAUCUCUAUCCUGGCAGUUUUUCUUAUGGUCUUCACUUUAGUUUUUGACUUCAUGAAGCGCAGGAGGAAGUGGAGCCAUUACCCACCGGGCCCAGUGUCACUGCCCUUCAUUGGGACCAUGCUGUCUGUGGACUUCAAAAACCCUCACAUCUCCUUCAGCCAGCUUCAAAAGAAGUAUGGAAACAUCUUCAGUCUCCAGAACUGUUGGACCAAUGUGGUAGUACUGAACGGGUAUAAGACAGUGAAGGAAGCCCUGGUGCACCAAUCAGAAAUAUUUGCUGACCGUCCGUACUUUCCAAUCUAUGAACAUCUGGGCUACGGAAAGGAAGCUGAAGGGAUUGCUCUUGCAAAAUACGGGCAAGUUUGGAAGGAGCAAAGGAAAUUCGCGCUGUCUACCUUGAGGAAUUUUGGGAUGGGAAAGAAAUCCUUGGAGGAACGAGUGAGGGAGGAAGCAAAUUUUUUGUGCUCUGCGAUUGAUUCUGAAGAAGGUCGUCCUUUUGAUUUACGUUGUCUUGUAAACAACGCUAUCUGUAACAUGAUCUGCUCCAUCGUCUAUGGGGACCGUUUCAACUAUGGUGAUGAAACAUUCAAGAAACUGUUACAUUUGUUUGAAGGAUUAAUAAAUGAGGAAGCUGGAUUCCUACCUCAGCUUCUUAAUGUGGUGCCCAUUUUGUUGCGCAUCCCUGGAGUAGAACAGAAAGUCUUUGGAGGGCAAAAGGCAUUCAUGGACUUCAUAGACAUCCUCGUAGAUAAGCACAAGGAGACGUGGAGCCCUGAUUACAUCCGAGAUUUCACUGAUGCGUUUUUAAAGGAAAUGGAGAAGGGUAAGGCAGCUGAAGCAAAUGGUUUCACCCAUCAAAACCUUCGCCUGGUGACCGGAGAUUUAUUUUCAGCUGGUUCUGAGACCACCACCACCACUCUCCGGUGGGCAAUUCUGCGCAUCGUUCUCCAGCCAGAAGUACAGAGUAAGAUCCAAGCAGAGAUUGAUAAGGUGAUUGGCAGAGACAGAACACCCACCAUGGAGGACCAAGCGAGCAUGCCCUACACCUGUGCUGCACUCCAUGAAGUGCAACGCCACACAGAUACUGUUCCUCUUGGACUGCCUCACAUGACAUACCGGGACACCACGCUGCAAGGAUUCUUCAUUCCCAAGGGGACAACAAUCAUCACCAACUUGUCUUCCGUGCUGAAGGAUGAGACAGUCUGGGAGAAGCCAAAUGACUUUUAUCCUGAACACUUCCUGGAUGCAAAUGGGAAGUUUGUGAAGCCAGAGGCCUUCCUUCCAUUCUCAGCAGGUCGACGUGCCUGUCCUGGGGAACAGCUGGCCAGGAUGGAGCUCUUUAUUUUUUUUACCACUCUACUGCAGAAGUUCACUUUUGUGCUCCCUGAGGACCAGCCCAAGCCACGAGAGGAUGGUCACUUUGCCCUCAUAAUGUCCCCAUACCCAUACCAGGUGCGAGCCAUCCCCAGAUAAAUGCACACCACUCUCCUUUCACUCACAGACCACCACCAGCACAAACACUUGUCAGAAAUGUUGCAAGUCUAGGCAGGAUCAUGCUGGGUUCUAGUCAAGACCUCUCAAGUCUGUGCAGAUGUUCCCAGUUGUGUAAAGUUAGGAUCUGGCCCCAUAUAUGGAGUUUCAUUUGAUGCCAGUCCUGGAUCUUGAAUCAGACAUAAUUACAGCAGCUUACAAAUGAUGAACAAGUUUGCAUGUACAUAGAUUCCUAAUCAUCCAGCUUUGCUGUUCUUCGGGCUCCCACUGGUUGCAGCUGCAGUUUACUGAGCACACAGCUACUU